UAGAAUCUUUGUGGCGUUUUCGUAUAUUCCUUAAAUUAAUUUCCGUUCAGUCAGUCAGUUUUACCAUCUAACUUAGUAUAUUCGUCAUACCGUUUAAAAAAAUUGGGCCAAAUUACGCCAGAUCCCAUCGACCGCAGUUGAUCCGUGUGAGCAAACGAAAAGAGGGAGAAAAUUCGGAAGGCUUGAACAACAGCUUGCAGAAGGCCAAAAAGCCAACGAGCGAAGAUCGUGCAGGAGUAAUUUUAAAGAAAACAAAUACAGAAUGGAUCAUCAGGCAAUACAUGAUCAAUUAUCAACGAAGAUAAAUGAAUUACUAAAAUUUCUGGAAUCACUGAUACACAAUUGCAACAAAGAUUUCCCGAGUCAAAAUUAUGAAACCCGACAAAAGUAUGAGAAUCAACUACGUCAACUACAAAAUGAAAAUCUUGAAUUACAACAGGAAAUAACACACUUUGAUGAAAGAUUGAACAUAUUCGAAACAUGGAGAAAGGAUUUGGAGAAAAAUCUGGACGACAUCAUCGAGGAGCAAAUGAACGAUGAAAAAAUAAAAGAACUGCAAAAACAAACACUGAAAUUUCAAAAAAUUUGUGAAGAUCACAUAAAAGAUCUAUCAAAAGUGCGAACAAUGAUAAUGUUUCUUAGCAAAAUAGAUACAGAGAUAUUAAAAAUAUUUAAAGUGUAUAUCCAGAAUACACAAACUUCUGCAGAUUUGAAGAAACGUUGUCUGAACAUCGAUAAGGUAAAACAAAACAUUGAAAACCUAGAAAGAAUAAUAAUACCAGAAUUACAAGAAAUCGAUGAAUCCCUACUAAAAGAAAUAUCGGAAUUUCAAAACCAUUUUGAACUUUUUGAAGUAAGUGUAAAAAAGAUACAAAUGUGUGCUCGGGAUGAGACGGAGGAAGCUUUUACUGACUCAAGCAGUGAUGAUGAAAAUGAGUCUUUAGACCAAUAUAUUGUAUCGAUCUCAACUUAUUUCGAAAUAUGAUUCUCCAGCCGUCUCAACGAAAGAGAAUUCAAAGAAAGACGAGGAUCCCACCCACAGGAUCCAAUCAUCUAAACGUAGAUAUUAGACGUUAAAUAAUCGAUAUCAUUGCGUAUGUAUAAUAUAUAUUGAGGAUUUUUUAAGAGUGUAAUUUCAUGAGAAUUUAAAAACAUAUUUUAUACCAUUGAUGA